AUGUCGGUAAAGUAUUGCGAUUCUGCAGAAGAGGGCUUGCCCCAGUCGUACUCGUACGAUGUGGACUCGGCAGACGAUGAAAGUGUCUGUAGCCAAGAUUCCGGGACUUGUAUGUCGCCUAGAUGGGGUCCAAAUGCCAAACCCGAGUUGAAAUACUCAUAUGGGCCCACCUGGAAUCAAGGUCAUCUUUCCUACAUGCAUAACCCGCUCGGAGCCGUCCCGUAUAACCUUCCAGUCAACACCCGAUGGGCCCCCCAGCCUGCCCCGAUUGUCUGCCUACCACCGACCUAUGACCAGAGUCGCCCCCCACAGUUCGUUUCAGAAUCAUAUGAAUCUGAGAAAAGGCUAGAUCCGUCGCCCAAUGACUACCCACAUGUCAAAACAGAACACAAAAACUACUUCAGCCCUACUGAUGUCGCUCUCAACGAAUUGCGCAUGGCAGAUAUUCAGCUUCAGGACGAAAUAAGAACGGGGCUCAACAGCCAGCGUGCCACGCUCUCCCAGUCCUCGAGUGCUGUCCAGAAGCAGCUGAAACAAGCUCAAAAGUGUUGCGAAGCAAUCAAGAAGCAGCUCAAAAUUGUGGAAAGUCGUUGUAAUGACCAUCAAAUCAGUGUGCAGGAGACCAAAGAACUUCGCGGUCAAGUGAUGACACUCAUCAAGGAGCAAAAGAGCCUCAGACGUCUUCUAAAGCGCGAAAGGCGCAAGGGCGCAAGGGCUUGA